UGUGGAAAAGAUGGCUGCUUCGGCGGCAACGGCGAGUUCUUCCCCCGGUUUGUGUCCAAGUUACGCCGUGAUUUGCUCUUUUCUGGAGCGGUACGGAGCGUUGUUGGACUUACCAGAGCUCACCUUUCCACAGCUGGAGAGAUAUCUGCAGGACACAUCCUCAGUUCCAAAGCUCCUCGUAGAUCUUCACGUCAAGUUGCUGAGGAAGAUCGGCAAAUCAGUGUCAGCAGACAGAUGGGAGAAGCACCUCAUCAAGAUAUGCCAAGAUUUCAACACUACGUGGGCAUGGGAACUCGAACAGAAAGGAUACAAGGAGCUGACAGUGGAGUGCAAGACGGGGAUUCUCAAAUAUUUGUGUGAAUGUCAGUUUGAUGAAAAUGUUAAGUUCAAAACAGCCAUCAAUGAGGAGGACCCAGAUAAAAUGCGGCUUCAGCCAAUUGGCAGGGACAAAGACGGUCAGAUGUACUGGUUUCAACUGGACCAAGACGACAAUGUCCGCGUUUAUGUGGAGGAACAGGAUGAUUUGGACGGUUCGUCAUGGAAGUGCAUCGUCAGGAGUAGAAAUGACUUGGCAGAAGUUGUGGCUCUGCUGAAGACGCAAAUUGACCCUGAGCUGUUGAAAAAAGACCAGGAACAGGAAACCAAACCUGACAAUGAAGAGGAUAAAGACAAAAAAGAUGGGGAAGUUAAAAAGUCUGAAGACUCAGAGUCAGAUCAGGAAAGCAAAGACUCCAACAAGGCUUCAUGCCAGCCCUCACCAAAGACAGAAAACAGUGAAAAAGCUGAACAGAAACUAAAAUCAGAAGGUUCUGAUUCCAAAUCUUCACUGAAUGGUGUCAUUGAGAGCAAAACUGAUGCAGAGCUGAAUUCAGAAAAAUCUGCUGUGGAUCUCACCACAGCGCCAAAAGUCCAGAAUAUCAAAGAGGAGCCAAUGGAGGUGACAGCCACUAAAUCAAACAGUGGACCAGAAGCCAUCUCUGAGACACCAUCUGUAAAGACAGAACAGACAGAGGAGGUCAAGGAGAUCCACCAGGCUGUGAAGAAUGACCAGCAGGCCAAAAUCCCUCUCAAGAAGAGAGGUAUGAAAUUCAGUGAGGGCUUUGAAAAAAAUGGCAGCAACAUUAAAGUCACUCAGGCAAAAGAAACCCCUAGAGCUGAUUCAACACCUGAUCAGACAAAGAAAGCACAGAAUGUAAAUGAUCAUGUGAACGGUGAAGUUCAGACGCUAUCAGAGAGGCGUUUAGAGUCUUCUCAUAGGGAAGCUGUCGUUGAUAAGGAGCAGGGGACCAAACCUGCAGUAGAAGAGGCUUGCACUUCAGAACAGGACAAGAAAACGGAAGAAGAAAAUCUGGUUGAAAAGAAAACCUUUGUAUCAGAAACAAAAGUACUUAAGUCUUCUUCACCUUCAUCUAAGGAUGUAAAUAACACAGAAUCAUCCAGUCAUGAAGAGAAUGACAAGACAAAACUUAAAUCAACAGAGACAAAAGAGUCCAAGGGCCUCAACUCAGAUUCUGAAGUGAAAUCUGAAGAGGUGAAAGCAAAACACUCAGAGAAAUCUGAGGACACCACUGCUUGUGUAGACAUGGACACGUCAGAAACAAGUCAGACUGAAGAUGGAAAGCACAUAGAACCAAGUGAUGCUAAGGAAUUGGGGGCAUCUGAGUGUAAAGCUGACAAAUCAGAUAAGUCAGCACUGAAAGAGAAGGCAGGGGUGAUUAAAACAGUAGAGGCACAGUGUGCAGAGAAAACAGAUGAUUCUCUGUCACAACCUGUCAUUAAGAAGACAGAAAUGUUAAAAGACAGUGAUUGUACAAAGAGCUCAGAGACCGAGGAAGUGUCAAAGACUUCUAAAGUCAUUAAAAAGGCAUCAGUCAGUGAGAGAUCAGACGCCCCAGACACUAAAGAGAGUACGGAGUUGCCUGUCAUUAAAACUGCAGACAAAUCUGAAUCAUGCAAAUCUGCAGAGAAGCAGGACAUUAAAGAAAUGGAGAAGAUUCUCACUCUGGAGAAGACGAGCCCAGCAGCUGAGGCAUCCACUGAGAAGACAGAAAAGCCUGAAGACACAAAGACGACUGUCAACUGUGAGGACACUACAAAACAUAGUGCUGAGAAGAUCAUUAGCUUCUCUCCUGGGCCAACUGAGGUGACGACCAUUAAAAACGAUGCAAUGAAGCAACACGAAGAUUGCAAUGUUGAAAUGAAUUCAGUAGAGACAGAAGGCGCACCUGAAGAGAAAGGUAAACAGUCCAGCUCUGAGCAAAAAACUAGUGUCCCUGAAACCGUUAAAAAGUCUGAAGAACAGAUGGAGAAAAUUCAGGAUGAGACUUGCAAAAGGAAACUGCAAAAGGACACAGGUAGUGAUAAAGCAAAAGGUGAAAAACACUCUUCUAAGGACAAAGAAGGUAAAGAGGAAUCUACAAUAGAGGAGUCAUCAAAAUCUGACGAUCCAAAUAACAAAGCAGGAGAAAGCUCAAAGAAAAUAAAGGAACCAGCUCACCAAAGCAAAGAAGCUGACAGUGAACUUUCUACUGAAUUAGAGAAACCAAGUCAACCCAGUGUGAGGAAAUGGCAGAAGCCUAAAGAUGUUGAUGAGGAUAGUAAAGUCAAACCUUCUGAUGAAGAAAGUAAAAUCAAACCUUCCAAUCAAGAAGGUAAAAUCAAAACUUCUGAUGAGGAAAGUAAAGUCAAACCUUCCCAUAAAGAUGGUAAAGACAAACCUUCGGAUAAAGAUGGUAAAGACAAACCUUCGAAUAAAGAUGCUACUUUGGAUAAAGAUGGUAAAGACAAAAAUUCGACUAAAGAUGGUAAAGACAAACCUUUGGAUAAAGAUGGUAAGGACAAACCUUUAGAUAAAGACAGUAAAAUCAAACCUUCAGAUAAAGAUGGUAAAGACAAACCCUUGGAUAAAGAUGGUAAAGACAAACCCUUGGAUAAAGAUGGUAAAGACAAACCCUUGGAUAAGGAUGGUAAAGACAAACCUUUGGAUAAAGAUGGUAAAGACAAACCCUUGGAUAAGGAUGGUAAAGACAAACCUUUGGAUAAAUAUGGUAAAGACAAACCUUUAGAUAAAGACAGUAAAAUCAAACCUUCAGAUAAAGAUGGUAAAGACAAACCUUCAAAUAAAGAUGGUAAAGUCAAACCUGAUGAGGGAAGUAAAGUCAAAUCUUCGGAUAAAGAUGGUAAAGACAAAUCUUCGGAUAAAGAUGGUAAAGUCAAACCUUCGGAUAAAGAUGGUAAAGACAAACCUUCAGAUAAAGAUGAUAAAGUCAAACCUUUGGAUAAAGAUGGUAAAGACAAACCUUUGGAUAAAGAUGAUAAAGUCAAACCUUCGGAUAAAGAUGGUAAAGACAAACCUUCGGAUAAAGAUGAUAAAGUCAAACCUUCAGAUCAAGAUGGUAAAGACAAACCUUCUGAUGAAGAAAGUAAAAGCAAACCUUCUGAUGAGGAAGAUUCAGCAAAAAAAGAAACAGCAGAUGCUGGCAGUGUUCUGUCAGAUGUUCAGGAGAAGCGCAGUCGCUUGAAACAAAAGCCAGCCCACCGAAGGAAAGCGGAGCUUCAGAGAGAAGAGAGACAAGGAGAUUCUGAGUCAGAUACAAACAUGGGGAGGUCUCUGCGACGAUCCCCGAGAAUUUCCAGACCGACCUCAAAGCCGGCUGAGAUCCAAGACAAAAAAGUGGAGAAAUCACAGGCUCCACCAGCUGCUGAGAAGAAAGACAAGGCUCAAAAAGAAGAAGAGGAGGAGGAAGAGGAGGAAGAAGAUGAGGAGGAAGAGGUGAAAACUGUUCAGAAGAAGCCUAGAGAGAAGAAGGUUGAUCAAGAGGGUCAAUCUAAAGCAAAGGGGAGAAAGAGACGGAACAUGCGCUGGUCCUGCACACGAACACGUCGCAGAAAGAAAAGCUCAGAUGAUGAAGACGACAGCGAAGAGGAGUCUAGCGAAGAGGAGGAAAGCGAGGAAGAAGACGACAGCGAUGAAGACUACAAGGUGGAGCGGACCAGAAAGAGGCGGAAUCGCAACAGGGAAAGACGAAGCUCAGACUCCUCAACAUCCUCAGAUGACGACCUACCUCCAAACGAUGACCCAUGCAAACACUGUGGUCUUCCAAAUCACCCAGAGCUGAUCUUACUGUGUGACUCGUGUGACAGUGGCUACCACACAGCUUGUCUGAGGCCUCCACUUAUGAUCAUUCCUGAUGGAGAGUGGUUCUGCCCACCAUGCCAGCAUAAGCAGCUUUGUGACAAAUUAGAAGAACAGCUUCAAAAUCUUGACGCUGCCUUGAAAAAGAAGGAGCGGGCUGAGCGACGGAAAGAGCGAUUAAUUUACGUUGGAAUCAGCGUGGAAAACAUAAUUACACCCUCUGUGGAAGUGGAAGAAGAAAAGCCAGAGGUCAUAUUUAAGGAGAAGAAAGACACAAAGCGGAGUAAAAGCUGGGGUCGAAGAUCAACACGGGCAAAGAAAACAAUCAGCUAUAGAUUUGAUGAGUUCGAUGAGGCGAUCGAGGAGGCGAUUGAGGAGGACAUCAAAGAGGCAGAGGGUGGAGGAGCAGGUCGGGGUAAAGACAUGGCCAACAUCACCGGCCAUAGAGGGAAAGACAUGUCCACCAUCCUACAGGCGGACGAGGGUAAAGAAAAUGGCCGCCCACCACGCCCCAGCACCGGGCAGCGAAAGAAAAAACGCAGGCGACUCAACGACCUGGACAGUGACAGCACUGUGGACGAGGAGGAGAGUGAGGAGGAGUUCCGACUCAGUGAGAGCAGUUCAGAGGAGUUUGUUGUGUCAGAGAACGACACAGAGGGAGACUGGGACAACGACGAUAACGACAGUGACUUUGGCAGCAACACCAGCAGGCAACGUGUGUCUUCACGAUCCAGGAAGAUACCGAAACAACGGCGAAGCUCUAGAAAACGACGGAGACCGAGAGGUUACUCAGAUGACGAAGAAGAAGAGACAGACGAGGAAGAUGAAGAUGAAGAAAUAGUGACCGAAGGCUCCAGCGAGUUCAGCGACAGUGACCUGGACAUGAGCAGACGGAGGUCACGGCGGAGUCGCAAGCAGCAGGUGAACUACUGCGAGACAUCAGAGUCUGAAGGCUCUCAGGCAGAAACCAACCGGGACAAAGUAAAACCCAGACGUCGCCUGGACAGCUCCGACAGUGACGCGAGUUUCUCCAGAGACUCCGAGGAGGAGACGAGGAAAACCAGAAUAAAGAGGAGAGCCGACUCCUCUGACGAAGACUCCCGGCAGAGACACAGACGUCUAGCACUAAAACGCAGGAGAGCCUCUGAAGAAGACGACUCCGAUGACGACUCGGACGAAUCUUCAGAAGAGGACCGCCCCGUCCGCAAACGAGUGAACCGUAUCGACUCGGACGAUGACGACGACGAGGAGCCAGAGGAGAAACCCAAGGAGAAGAAAGGAGCGGAAGGAGAGGAGGGAGGCGCUCUGUCAAAGGGAACAAACCAAGUGGACUACAAUGUGACAGAGCUGCCGCCCACUAACGGACAGAGCACGGUGAAGAACGUGGAGGGCUUCAACAGCCGGCCCGCUGCUGCCGCUCCAGGUCUCAGCCCACAAGCAGAUCCACCCAAAAACGUGAGUGCCACACCAGCCGCUGCCAUAGCACCGAACGGGCUGGGGUCCCAGGAGAUGGCAGCACAGGACGAUGACGAAGACGACCUAUUAGGAGUCACAGACCUAGUGGACUACGUCUGCAAUAACGAACAAUUGUAAAAACAGCAAAUGGUGUACGUUUAAUUUUUUUGUGGUAUUGUAUUUUUAUAUUUCUUAACUUUAUUAUUCCCUCCCCUUCCAUCCUUUGUCGUCUCUCUUACUUGUGUCAUCUGGAGCCACCUCCUCUCGCUGUCCUGUUACCAGACCAGUGCUGUCCCUGUGGGAUCGUACAGUGAAUAAGGGCAACAAAACAUCACAGCUCAUCUGUCACUUAUCAGUUGAACUGUAAACCUCCACUGCCAAACCGUUUCUGCUGUUGACUCGGCUGUUUUUAAUGCAUCACGUCUCAGUUUUUUUAAAAUACAAAUUUUCUUGUGUAAUGAAUUGGCACUGAAAAUGUGAACUUUGCAGUUAGUUUAAGAUUAGACUGCUUAAUGACCUCUAAAUAAUGCUGGUGUGAACGUCAUUCCAUAACAGACUUGAAGUUCUCAGAAUCUGUUGAAACGGCCCAUCUCACAGAAGUUAUGUUCAUAUGUAAUUAUACUUCUAUUCAUUGUCACACUUGUUAAAAUAAUUGCUUUUCUUUUCUUUUUUUUUUUUUGCUUUACUAGUAUAUUUAAUGCCUUCAAUUUGUUGCAUCCAAAUAUUUUCUUGUAAGAAUCCACUACUUUUUAUGCAUUCCUCAUUACCACAGAAUCCAGGAUUUUCCACCAGAGAGCAGUGUUGGCAAAGUCAAACUAGAUGUUUAGGCAAUAAGACCUUAGGUUAGUGGUGAUUUUGAGACUGUAUCUUACAUUCUUAAAAAUGCUAGGUUUGUUAAGUUAACAAGUUUAAUCAUGCUGUAAAUCCUGUUGCUGGUUCAGGAUACUUUUAUCAGUUGGAAAUCAUGUCAACAAAAUUUUACUAUUAUGAAAAAAUAAUAUCUGUAGUGACAUUUUAGUAACAUAUGGAAAUGAUUUCUGUGAUAGGGUUGUUCAAGAUUCAAGGUUUUAUUUUAUCCCAUGAACUAGAUUUCAUUGUAAAAGCUUUGGAUGAUGAUGCUAGUUCUUUCUUUCAUUUUCUUUCUUUUUUUUUUCUUUUUGGAGGAAGGUAAUCAGACUCACUCAGAUCUGAUGCUCUAACCCUCCGUACACCACAAACAGAUGUGUCCUGUCAUCAAAAAACACAUUAUUUCCAUUUCUUUCUGUCCAUAAAGUGUCACACACGUAUAUUCAACCUCAUACAUUAUACGAAGGUGUGAAUGUAGAUCUGUGACCGACUAGAUGACCAAUGUUCAUUUGUGCAUGUCCACCCUUAUCUCCACCCUUUUGGUAAAUGAUAGACUAGUAUUUGUAUAUUGUAUACAUAUAUAGUAUUUUAACUGUGCGCCGCCAUCAGUAUCAGUGGUGAACUCCCAGUUUUUCAAGUUUGUGGAAACAAAACUCGAAGUCAAACCCUCUUAAGUCCCUCCUGAUCUAGUUCAACUUCCUCUUUAUGUUACCUUACGUUUGUCUGUUUUUUUUUUUUGUUUUUUUUUUAAUAUUGCUGUAUUUUUUGUAUAUCUAAACCUUUAUUUGUUGUCAUUGAGUAAAAAUGUAAAGUGUCUUAUUUUCUUUGUAUAUUGUUCUUCAUAGAAGCAAAUUCACGGCUUUUAUUAACUAAAAUAGCACUUGGCUCCCUUUUUCAUUCAUCAUUAUUACAUUUAAAUUCAAGCGGUAAGCAGCCACGUUUCUGUUCACAUUCUCUUCACAACAAUAACGUUGCAGUAAACGGCCAACACGGGGACCUCAAACCAGAUCUGGAUAAUGAAAAAGCUAAAAACUGUUGAGUGGGACAGUAAAACUCAAACCAAUGACUUCGCUGACCUCUGCUGAAGCCAGUCUGUGUGUAUAUCUGUAGUUUUUGCUGUAAUAUAUUUAGAGGCAUUUUUUUAAUCAUGGAAAAAUAUAUCGGGCAAUUCUUUGGGAUUGCAUGAGUUUCUAAUAGUUUUCUUUUGUAGGGGAGUAAUCUUGGCACACCAGUUUUUUGUAACAAAAUCAGAAAACCUGGCAUGUUUGAUGGAUGUUUUUCUCAGCUGACCUGUUACAUAGUUGCUGAAGGACUUGUGAAGUAGACCAUCAUGCAGUCAAACUGCAUCGGUAAGCAUGCGCUGAACUACUAAAGGCAUGUUUUAGCAGAGAAUCUAAGACAGCUGGGUCCGAUUAAAGAGGGGAAAUGAAGCCUGUUUGUAAAAUAUUGUGUAAAUUAGUCUCAGCAUGGUCUUCACAAAGGAUAAACCACUCUAUUUAUCAUACCGUUUUGAUACUGGCCAUGGCCUAAUCACGACUUCCAAGGCAGAACGAAGUCCCAUAUGUGCUGCACAAGGCUUCUAUACACUAUUUAGCUUUUAGAUGAGCUGGACAGAACAUAGCAUACCCAAUUCUAAAAGAUGAAUAAUGUGUGUGUUCUGGUGGGUUGAGUCAGAGUAAAGGAAUAUGGAUGUCUGUGUGCUGUAUGUAACCAUGUUUUAUAUUCUCCACAGAGGAAUGGAGAAUGUACUCAUAUGUGUCUGACGGUUAUGAAAUAACCAGUAGCAAGACCUGCAUAGGAAUGAUAGAGGGGCCUGAUGGGAAGAAUGGAGGAAGUCUGUGCCAAUGACUGAAGUGUUAUCAGAGUUCUCUUAUUUACCUCAUGAUGAAUCUGGGAGGAAAGACGCCCUGUCCACUGUGUAUAGAUCCUAGUAGACUGGUCCUUGGUGUUUUGUCUGCUCCUUACAUUUUUGUUAACUUUACUGUUAUUUCUUAUUGAUCUGAUCUUGUACAUUUGUCAUAAUAAAAUGGGUUUUAAAGCCUCA